AGACGAAUCAAGAUUCUGUUGGCGUUCGUUGACGUGUUCGGACGUGUUUCGUCUGACAAAAUUUUUUUCUUUGUACGAUCAUUUUGGCCGAUACACUUACAAUUACACCGACACUCUUACACAUAUUACACUUAUAUCAGCUCAAAAUAAUCAAAUAAUGCUCAAUACUAACUUAGAAGAUAAUCUGGCCGCCUGAAACCACGAACAUAAAACUGUGCGUUUCAUUGCCAUAAAGAAAGGAAGAAGGAAGAAUCAAGAUUCUCAUGUUUGCGCUUAUGCGCCUAUGCAAAAGUGUGUGCUCCUCGCUUUAAACGCUCAAUAUUGCGGUCGUCCACCAUAAUUCAUAAUUUAUUACUAUUUUUUAAUACAAUUUUAAUAAUGUCAAAGUCAACUAUAAUUUAUAAAUUACUACACAUAAAAUAACCAAUAAUUGAAGCAGAGAGAAACCUACUUUAAGUAUUGAAAAAUAAAGUGCGGUUAGUUUGCUUUUGUGAAAAAUAUUUGUAAAUAUUUCAGAUUAUAACAUGUGCAAGAAUAAUGUCAAGACAACAUUAUUAUGUGGCCCAAAAAUACUCAGCAAAUCUUUCAUGUUUGAGCUGCGGUGAGUAUCAAAUAAGAUUCUUAAAAGUUUUUCCUGCUCAGGCAGCAAUAUAUUGGGCAGAAAAGGGACGACGUGUCGUUUAUAUUUCACCAACUCCUUUAGAAAACCGACCGGCGGUUUGUCACGACAGAAGUGAUCCAACAGUUGCGGCUCUCGAUUUAAUGAGAUUUAUAUAUUUGCCGGAUUAUGAAACUCUUAUAGAACAACUUGUGAAAUUGCAUAUGUAUGCAGCUGUACCUUCUGUGCUAUUGAUAGACGAUUUGGAUAAUUAUUUCACUGACGAAACUAUUAAAAAUGACUCAUUUGUGCACAUUGCCAGAACUUGUGCUCUAAUAAUCCAUUCAAUGAAAUCGUGUUCACGAAUUCUAAAAAUGAAUGUAUAUGUGUGUGCAUGGACCAAUUCAAUUCUCACUAAUAAUUUCCUUCAAACAAUCUACUUUCGCAAUAUCUGGAAUUUGACAGAAGAAGAUGAAAAAAUAAUAUUGUUGGAAAAAUUUGCUAUUGGAUUAUCAUCGAAACAAUCAUAUAAAUAUCAUAAAUUCAAAGAUGGAAUGCGUGUUCUUCAACAGAUAUGCCAUUCCAUAGAAGCUUAAUGAUGUUUUUUUAAUAAAUAAAUAAAUUUACUUGUAAA